UUUUUGAGAGACUGAGUCUAUUCUGCUUCCAUAGUUUUGGAGAGCAGCACAACACAGCAGCAGCAGCACAAACCCCUCCGCCAUGAUGCUGCACAGCCGACACGAACGAAUAAAUUAACGCCGAAGUGAGACAAACAGCUGACUUCAGGAGUUGUUAUGCCAUUGAAGUGGUCUAGGGAUGCCCAAAGAGAAAUACGACCCGCCUGAUUCCAGGCGGAUGUACACUAUCAUGUCCAGUGAGGAGGCAAACAGUGGGAAGAAAUCCUUCUGGGAUGGGCUUGAAAUAACUGGUAAUGUUCGGAGUCUCAGCUCGGGCCUUUGGUCGCUCACGCACCUCACUGCUCUGCACCUCAGUGAAAACUCCCUAACACGCAUCCCACCUGAAAUUGCCAAGCUAAACAACCUUGUGUUCUUGGAUCUGUCGUCCAAUAAGAUCAGGAGCCUGCCAGCAGAGCUUGGCAACAUGGUGUCUCUCAGGGAACUGCUUUUAAAUAAUAACCAGUUGCGGGUUCUGCCAUUCGAAUUGGGGAAAUUGUUUCAGUUACAAACACUGGGGUUAAAAGGCAAUCCACUCACUCAAGAAGUUAUGAGCCUCUAUCAGGAGCCAGAUGGUACCCGGCGACUGCUAAGCUAUCUUUUGGACAAUCUUAACGGUGCUAUCAAGCGCAUCCCAACAGAGCCACCUCCACCCAGGUCCUGGAUUGUGCUGCAGGAGCCUGAAAGGACAAGACCCACAGCCCUGUUAACUGUAAUGUGCUACAACGUGUUGUGUGAUAAGUACGCCACACGUCAGCUCUAUGGCUACUGCCCAUCCUGGGCCCUUAACUGGAGCUACAGGAAAAAGUCCAUUAUGCAGGAGAUCCUCAGCGGCAAUGCAGAUAUUAUCAGCUUACAGGAAGUGGAGACAGAGCAGUAUUACACCUACUUCCUUGUGGAGCUGAGUAAACAGGGAUACGAUGGAUUUUUCAGCCCAAAAUCCCGGGCCAGAACCAUGUCUGAAUCGGAUCGGAAACAUGUAGAUGGAUGUGCAAUAUUCUACAAGACUGAAAAGUUCAGCAUGGUGCAGAAACACACAGUAGAGUUUAACCAGCUGGCUAUGGCCAAUUCAGAGGGCUCUGAGGCCAUGUUGAAUCGGGUCAUGACCAAGGACAACAUUGGGGUGGCUGUGUUGCUGGAGCUAAAGAAGGAGUUAAUGGAGCUGUCAUCAGGUAAGUCUGUCCAUGCUAUGGAGAAGCAGCUCCUACUAGUGGCUAAUGCUCACAUGCACUGGGACCCAGAAUAUUCUGACGUGAAGCUGGUACAGACCAUGAUGUUCCUGUCAGAGGUGAAGAAUAUCAUAGACAAAGCCUCCCGCAGUCUAAAGCUCUCCUCCGUGUCAGGAGAAACCAACAGCAUCCCUUUGGUGCUUUGUGCUGACCUCAACUCACUCCCUGACUCGGGUGUAGUGGAGUUCCUGAGCAAAGGUGGGGUGGACUGCACUCACAAAGACUUCAAGGAGCUGCGCUACAGUGACAGUCUGACAAACUUCAACUGCAACGGCAAAAAUGGCACAUCUAACGGGAGGAUCACGCAUGGUUUCAAGCUAAAGAGUGCCUACGAGAACGUGCUCAUGCCUUACACCAAUUACACUUUUGACUUCAGAGGUGUCAUUGAUUACAUCUUCUACUCCAGGCCACAACUGAACGUGCUGGGCGUCCUCGGGCCUUUGGACACAAGCUGGCUCUUUGAGAACAAUAUCAUUGGUUGCCCACACCCUCACAUCCCCUCAGAUCACUUCUCCUUGUUUGCACAACUGGAGCUGGUCCUGCCUUAUCCUCCCCUUCUCAAUGGAGUCCACUUAGCUGGACACAGGUAGUGAGCCCUUCUGGCCACUGAUGGCGCUGUGUCACAGUUCUUAUAAGUUUUCUGAAAAACGAUAAAACCUCUAAGCAAUUUAUAUACCAUAUAUAUAUAUAUAUAUAUAUAUAUAUAUAUAUAUAUAUAUAAAAUAUAAAAAAUAGGUUUAUUUUUAGGGUCCAACAUAUUCCUGUUUGUCAGGGAGUUUUUUUUCUAUUUGUUAAGCUGUAGAUCUUUUUUUUUUUUUUUUUUAUUGUUGAGCAUAGCUUGUGUGCAUGAAAUGUCCAAACUGUAAGAGGUGGUCCACUCACUUGGUCACACAUUCAGAAGUAUUGCAGACUGUUUUAAUUCAUUUUAUUAUCAGACCUUAAUACUAAUACAGAGAAGAUGCUCAAAUAAACGCUGAAAAUUAAUGUGGAUUUGCGCAGCUUCUCUGUUAACAACGGCUCUGUGUAGUAACAGCUGCUCUUUGUGAAAUCACACACCUGAUGAAAUUUACCGCUGAUUAGAGAAACGGCUUUACUGACGAGAUGCGCAUAGUGAUUUGUGCAGCCCUAUUAGAAACCAGCCGUUGUUGCGAUUCUGAUCUUGCAAAUACGCAUUAACCUUUCUUCCUUUAUGAAUAAAUUUCAUUUUUAUACACACUUACACAACUCCCCUUUGGAUGAGUGACCAAAGUGUUUUAUAGACCAAAUUCAAGAAGUAAAUCAGUCCCUAACUGGGAAGGAGAAUGGAUCCCUGAGAGCUUUUUCCACUUGUGUGGUGCUGGAACUCGCUUUACAUCGGUGAUGUUUUUAUUCUCCCAUCAAUGGUGCAAUAUUCGGAACGUUUAAAACGUUCUAAGCGAGAGCACUGUUACACAAUGUUUUUAACAAGCUUAGACAACAUAACAAGCACUUAUUUGUCUUUUCUCUCCCCUUUAGGUGGGAGUUGUGAGCUUAAUCGUGCUAAAUGUAAACCAAAUUAUUUUAGAUGUCUCGAUUCAGCGGCACUGCUUUUUGCACACUGUUUUAACCUGUUCUCUUUGUUUCUUUGUACAACAGGCUAUGUGAAUAAUUUAAACUGCGCUUGAUCUCACUGUGGUUAUAAACAGGAGGUUUUUAUUAGAAAGGCAGGUUUUCUAUAAGACUAACCAGGGAGUCUUUUAACCAGCGAUUUCUCACUUAUUGAAAAGGAUUUCACGUAUCUUUUUAUCCUCCCAUUAUACACAUACACACAUCCUGGAAAGAUCUGUAGCACUGUUCUUAAGGCUAGUAAUGUUCUGGUCUAGCCACAGCCACCUUCUAUAUCAUAUCAGAGGGGUUCUCCCAGGUCUUUGUAUAAAAUGUAAUCAAAUAUAUAUAUAUAUAUAUAUGAACGGACAGAUUUAGGCUUGAUCUGAUUGUAUUUGAGUCACAUGGAAGAAUACCUUUUUUUAUUUUAUUUUUUAAAUUAAAAAAAAAUGUUUUCUAUUUGUACUAAGAAUAAAUUAUGAUCCAAAUCCAGAAACAUAAGAUUGUAUUGUAAGCUACAUUUUUCUCAAACUGAAUCAAAACUUACCAGCUUGUAUAAAAGACAAAGAGGUUGUUCCUGGUUCUCGCUGCCAUACUUUUGCACUCAUCGCUCAUUUUGCACUCUUUUUUUUAUUUACUGCAGUGAUUUAUUUUCUUUUGUAGAAUCUCAGAGUACAUGUUUUUCUUGUCUAUCCAAUCAUUAAUCUCUGUCGUAUACAUAAAGGGAGGGGAAUCACGAAGCUCUGUACCAUGCCAUUUGUUUGUGAAGUCAAGCCAUUCCUGUAUAUCAUACAACCUGUUUUUCCCAAAACUCCCCGUUACCGUUUUAUUAUAAAUUUUUUUAAAUGGUGGAUGCUCAGUAGUUUCUUUUUAGAUUGCAUUUUGCUAUCAGUGUAUCUUCAUGUUUUAAGAUCGAAGAAUCUUAAGAAAUCAGGUAUUAGGGAUGUUUUGAUCUUUAGUUAUCUAGUAUGUUUGUUUUUUUCCGCAAAGUGUUCAUAAUUUUUGAAAUGACACCAAUCAUUUUAAAGUCCAGACUGUGUAUAAUCUCUAAUUUUCAUAUUCUUAUUUCAUGGCCAUAAUCUUUCCUGUGUAGUGCCAGUUUGAUGUGUUGUUCUAAAGCCUUUUGUAAGAGUUAGAUUUUCCUCUUCUGGUAUUUCUGUGUGGGAUUUACAUUUUUAAAACCAUCUCCAUAAUCUUUAAUUCGGAGCCUUUGGACCAAAUGAUCAUCUCUGUGACUUGUAAAUGAUGUCUGGCAGAGGUCUGUUUGUAGUUAGGUGUUCAACUCUUGAUGUGUUUCGGUUCACUAAACUGAUGACAUCACACGUUCAACAUCACAAGUCGGUUUCUUUCAGCUAUGCAGCAGUAUCGCUUUUACGUCUUGCUAUGUUUUAGCAGUAAGAUCCAGAACGGUCUUUUGUUAUUUGGGGCCUCUUCACAAUAUUCUUCAGCAUUUUUUUUGUCUUAAGUGACCAUUAAUUGUUUAUGGUAUUAUAGUAGAAAUUAGAAGUUUUUUGUAAAGUGUGAAUAAAAUAUGUAUUGCAUUUUUCCUUUCUACAAAACCAAUGUUGUGUGUGUAUAUAUAAAUAAUUUUGCAUUAUCGGUGUCUAUUUUUGUUUAAUUAUCUGUUUCAUAAUUUUUUACAUUGAUUAUUGGGCCUAGGACAUAUCUGCUACUCUGACUGAACGGUAGAAGGAUGCAAAGUCGGUGCCCACAGAUUGAUAAUGCUGAAUCUGUAGAGCGUCCUGCUUGUUAGUAGACUGGUUUUUGUGAAGUUUACUGUUAUGAUAGAGAGCUGUUUGACACCAGGUGUUGUCACAGAUGGUGUCUUGCUUAAAUGAAACUGUAUGGUAAAGUAUACGACUUGAUAUUGUGCGUUUCAAACCAUAAGAAAGUAAUGUUGGUAAUGGAAACAAAUUUGUUUUUAGAUCCAUCCUUCCCAGACAGAGACAUGAAGUAAAUAAUGAUAAUAAAAAAAAUCUUAAUUUUAGUAGUGUACAUCCAUUCAUGAGAAUCCGUGGAACUAGUGGAUCAAGUCUUUCUUUACUGUCCUUAUAUCUUUUAUUUUUCUUUACCUCUUGCUUGCUCUAUGCUUUACCCCUUUUAUUAUUACAAACUUUUCCAGCCUUGUUUUUUUUUUUUUUUUUUAUACUGAAAACCUGCUGCAAUAAAAUUGAUAGAUUAGCUGGACCUUUUUAUCUCUGAACACAUCUCCGUUUUGUAGAGGCCAUAGAUGUUUGUAGUAGUUUCUCUGUGACUAACACUGUACAUACCUUCAUGAGCCAUCAUGUAGUAAAUGGGAUCAACUUGUGUUUACCAUUUGAGAUAAAGCCAGCAGAGAUACAAAUCCCCCCCAAAAAAAGGAAAAAAAAGUUUUUGCGAUAUUCAAUGAAUGUUUAAUAAAAUCCGAAAAAGGCAGCUCUUCAAAAAAUCUCUGGAAAAUAAUGGUAAACAACUAUUUUCUGUCUGUUCUCUGUAUUCUUAGUUCUAGAGAUCUGUACAUAGAGGUUCUUUUACACUAAUGUAUUUUCCUAUCUAUGGUUGACAAUAAAUUCUUUCUGCUUCAUGA